GCCGCUCCCGGCGUGCUAUGCGGGCGGCGGCCAUUGGCGGGCGGCGCUGCCGGUGAGGGCGCGGCGCCUCCCAGUUGGCCGGGCCCGACGGCCGGAGGGCGGCGGAUGGCGGCGGCGGCGAGGGGAUGGAGGGCGGCGAGCCGGGCGGCGGGGGGCUCCUGCAGCAGAUCCUCAGCCUCCGCCUGGUGCCCCGCGUGGGCAACGGCACCACCUACUCCAGCCCGCUCGCCACCUUUCCAGAGAUGUGGUAUGGCGUCUUCCUAUGGGCUCUCGUCUCCUCCCUCUCCUUCCACGUCCCCGCCGCUCUGCUAGCGCUCUUCACGCUCAGGCACCACAAGUACGGCCGGUUCAUGUCCGUGAGCCUCCUGCUGAUGGGCAUCGUGGGACCCAUCACCGCAGGCAUCCUGACGAGUGCUGCCAUUGCUGGAGUUUACAGAGCUGCAGGGAAAAAAAUGAUUCCCUUUGAAGCCCUCAUUUUGGGAGUGGGGCAGACGUUCUGCGUGGUGGUGGUUUCGUUUCUGCGCAUUUUAGCCACUCUCUAGCUCUUCCUCAGGCGCUGGAGAGCACAAAUCAGUGGAAGAGCAAAGGAUCUGCCCCUGCGCUGACUCUGGAGCAAGUCACCAGGGAGCACAGCUGGAGGCGUGCCUCGUGCCUCGCUGGUUAAAGGAUACGUGAAGACCUGCUCCUGCCCCCAGAGUGGCUUGAAUUUAAGCUAGACAUUGUGAAUUUUGUUACUUUUUGGUAACAUUAAGUGCCAAGUGAAACUUUAAGUCUCUGGAGGGUAAGGAAAGGGCUUCUGGAGGGGAAGGCCCAGGUACCUUUUACCAGUGAUGAGUUGUAGCAGCAAGAUGGAACUGAGAUGUGAUGCUGGCUGUUCUGGGAUAGAAACAGUUGAACAGAGCGAUGAGGUGUCUUCAGAGCUCACUUAAUGCUUUGACCUCUUGCUGCUUUCUUCGCAGUGAACCUGAAGCUCUUUUAAUGUGAAUUUUUUAAAUGAGAAACUUGGUUUGCUUUCUCCCUGGCCCAAAUUUUCUUGGCCAUAGUUAAUUUAGGAGCAGCAAAAUUAAAAAUAAUUUUUAGGCAGAUGGGAGUGUGGAUUUGUGGCCAAGAGCUGUGACCGUGAAUGCAGCAGUGUAAAAAGGAUCUCUGGUUUUAUGAAUUUUAUGAUGGUGACACUUGUCUGGCAUUGCAUCCCUUCUGCCUGAGAGGUGACGCUCAGCCGCAUGAGCACCUUGCUCCGCUGCCCAUGCGAGAAAUCCCAGGGCGCCUGUGUGUGUGUGUGCUGUUGCUCACAGGCUCUGGAGAUGUGUAUUUUUAAACUUCCCCAUUCUCCUUUCGCUUCCUGAACAUGUUUACACUGGAGGGGCGGAUAUGGGUGUCUUUGCUGAUCUGUAAACAUUGCUGGCCGGCUCGUACAGAAUUUAGCAUGCUGGUGCUUCACGCGCUGCGCUGGUGUGAACUGUGUGGCUGGCGCUGGGUUGUUGCAACUUGGGGCUUCCUGAGUGUGGAGGCAGGGAGUGCGCAGCGCUUUUGGCGUCCAGCCCCCAGUGCACCGGUGGGUAGGACGCCUGUGAGGGUCCUGGGAAGAGCCUGGUGAUUCCUGCGUCUGUCAGGGAUGAGCCGUGUGAAGGCAGCUGCAGCCCAACCCUUCCCUGCAGGCAGCAUUAUCUCCUCUGAUGAAUUGUUUUAGUCUGUUUUGGUUUUAAGUGACUUUUAAAUAACUCCUCCAUCUGCCCUCUCACCGUGCACCAGAGGUCUUGGGGUGCUACCUGGGUGCUUGUUAGGAGCUGGGUUUCAGGGCCCCUGGGGAAGCUGAGGUUGAACCCCGAGGACUCAGGUGGGUGGCAUGGCUUUGCAUGUUCCUUACCAGCUGACUACUGCAGGGGCAGUCAAGGCAAAGAACCGUCUGUGUCCAGCCUGUGGUUUUGCCCAAAUCCUUUGGUUUCCAAACUAGCUCCCUUUCUGUACCUGCGAGGUUUUGUUAGGCUGGUUGCCUGCCAUGAACCCCAAAUCCUCUGUGCUGAAACAAACCCCAGCAGAGCCCUGUGCUUAUUAUGAAAAAAUUUCUCUCCAUGCACUAAGUUCUGCGGAGUGGAGCCAUUGGCAAGAGGUGCUUUUCAGGAGCUGCUUAUUGAGAUUAGUCUAAAUUUUAGCCCAUUUGCUGGUAUUUUUUUAGUUCAGGGAAUAAAGCCAUGCAUUUUAGGAAAGACUUUAAUGUGUGUCCUUCCCCUUAGGUGUAUGAGGUCCAAGAAGCGUAACAUAAACUAAACCCUGGAUCUUCAGAGCAUCCCACAGGCUGUGCUGCUUGUAGGGAGCCAUUCUUCCUACCACAGCAUCCCCUGGGAGAAGGUUAGGCCUCUCCUCCCCUCUUCACUUCUGCCCCCAUUGAAAAAACAGGAAUAAUGGUCUCUCUAGAGAUCUUUCUUCAUCCCCACUUCUUAUUUCAAACGGCUGCGUACACAGCAUGUGUCUGGAAUGCCUGGUUUAGUUUAUAUGACUUAUCCUGUGCAUUUCUGGAUGGAUUAAAAGUCCCUCAUGGGACUUAGAGGGGGCAGGUCUGGCCUUGCCUUCCAGGUGAUGCUAGAAACCAGUGUCCUGGGCAGCCCCUGUGUUCCACAUUCCCCGUGCCCCAGUGCCUGGCAUCCCUCAGUAGCACAGACUAAGCCGUUUGUGCUGGGAAAGCACUUGUAUCAGCGUGCUGUGUGCUAGGGCACGAGGCUGGUCCCUCUGCAGUGGUGGGGCCGAGGCACGCAGGACGCAUCCGGGCUGCUCAGAGCUCAGAACAAAUGAAAGAGAAUUGCUCAGUAGAAUCACUCGGUGCCGAGCAAACGGAAAACCUGUUUUCUACCCAUUGUUGUCUCCCAAAGUCAGUUUUGAGGGGGUUCUGCUUUACCUGAAGAAUCAGCAGCUUGGCCACUGUAAGUUGAGUGGUUGGAGCUGGUGGUGCCACUCUUUGUCCAGGCCCUGGAAAAUUGUCAAGGAAUGUUUGCGUGGAAGGUGAACGCUCAGCUGCUGACUUGUCUUGACAGGUAUUAGCACUGCUGGCGAGUUCUUUGUGUCACCUUCCACUCCCCUGGCUGCCUUCCCAGCCACCCUCUCCGGUAAAAUCAGUUCCAGAUGGGGAGGAGGAGCAGUCUUGGUGCACCAGAUUGAUCACUGCCAGCAGUUUCCUCCCCUCACUGUGUUGUCUGUCCUUUGUGUCCCUUAUCCUGAGCGAGGAGAGGAAUCCCUUAAGUUUUCAGUAGGUGUCAGUAGACUUUGCUCAGUCCAACAUGCCAAAAGCUGCAAAGAGCUUGCAAAAACAUCAGCGCUGAGGUGUGCUGGGCCAGGCAACACGGGGAGCCCCGGGCCAGGGAGCCCAGCCAGGAACGGUGGCUGAGGAAACACCUCUUGGAGAAGGUGCCUGCCCCGGAGAAACGUUGCUGCUCGAGCUGAGUCGUGGCCCUGCUUUCUGUGUGCAAACAUCCUCUGUGCUGGGCUGGUUUAGGUACCAGUCAGGUUCCUAGCUCACUAAUGACUGCGUUUAUCAUGAACAAAUCUUUGUAUGAUAGAAAAACUCUGUAAAUUUUAUUUUUCUACUGACACUUCUAAUCCUGGUGGUGAUUAG